GAAUUUUCAUGCCCACUACCUCUUUUCACACUUGGUUAAAACUCGCACCACCGAUGCCUCACUUCCUCUCUACACGCUCAUAAAAACAAUUUGAGCUCAUUCGCUUUUUCACUUUGAACCAGUUCCCUUGAUUAUCGGGAGUCAGCCCGGCAAAAAAAAAAUCAGGUAAGGCAACGCAAGCGUAUGAUAGAAUCCUAGAACAAAACGUGGGGUUUACUUAUUUUACGUGCUCGCCCCAAAUGCUGUUUCAGUUUCCGUUUUUCCACUUUACAACGGAAACCGUCCGCUUGAGUCAAAGGCAAAGAGAUAAAGGUCAAAAUCAGAGAAGCGCUUGACCAAGCGAGGGCUACAAAAGAGUGACUGAAGUCUGGGUUUUCCAAAAUACGAAUGAGCUCAUUUCCCUUCAGCCUAAAGGGGCUUUGCAUCAAAUGGUAAAUAGUUAGAAUCCGUUUUUACGGUGUAUCUUGCUGAUCCGAAGUCAAACAUUCUCAUGACUUGUUUUCGUAUUCAAUGCUGCCUGACACCGUGCGGCUGCUUUUUCUUUUCUUUUCAAAGGUCAUAACUUCAUCUCCUCUGUGUAUAUUUCAAAUGCUUUCUCAUGAACGUCGCACGGCGAAAAGUAAUUGGCUCAGAGUCACAGCGAACACCAGGGUCAAAUCUGUCCGAUGCGUUGCCGAAAUGUCGGGCGUAUAAGUGGCCACAAGUAUGUGGACACCCAGGUCUGGAAAAACGGAAAACAAUGAAACAUACGUUUGAUCAAUGUACAAACAUUUUAGAGGACCUCCACAGAUGAGUGUCACUUAUCAUGCAGGCUGCAUAACACCGAAGCAUUCGAGAGGUCUUAGCCAGACACGGGAAGGCCUGAAAACCAGAGGAGUGCACAUUCGGACCUACGGUUCUGAAAUCGGGUGCUCAACCAACAACAUGGAGCUGGAUGUUUAGGUAGACGUAGGACGUGACAUAUGGGCGCCUGAGAGCCUUCAGCACAGGCCGUGUGAGCAAUUAAAAUCCUUUCUGCUCUGUCACGAUUGGGUUGCACAUCAAGGCUUUGGGAAGGCCACAGUAAAACGUCGAGGACUUCCUCUUUUAUCAAAUUCCAACUCCCCCCUGGGUUCCUUUCACUUUUGUCCUGUGUCUCUGUGUCCUGCUGCAGCUUAAUAAUUCUGACUCAUUCACUGAGUCUCAUUCCCCAGCCAAUCCCUCUAUAUUUUCUUCCUACAGCAUGGGACAGCCGACCAACCUUUACUUCACCCUCCUCCCCCUCCUCCUGUGCUGGGGUCAGGGGUCAAACCGAGAGGCUGAGAGGUCAUCCUGCAAUCGCUGUGACCUGCGGCUCUCCUGCAACUGCUCCCGUGGCGGAUUCACCCGAGUUCCCAUGGUGACGGGCCGUGCACUUACUCUGGAUCUCUCCUUCAACAACAUCACCGUGGUGACCGGUGACGACCUGACGGGGCACGUGCCGCUGAGGGCUCUGAGUCUCCACGGUAACAGGCUUGCUGCGAUCGAUCCGUCAGCGUUUGACUCUCUGUGGAGCUUGGAGGAGCUGGAUCUGUCUGACAAUCAGCUCACUGCAAUCAACCACGGCUGGUUCAGCAGGCUAGGAGCUCUGCAACAGCUCAACCUGCUCAACAACCCAUACAGCUCCAUAGGUUCUGCUCCAGUGUUUCAGGGGCUGGUCAGGCUGAGGAGGUUGGCCUUCGGAGGUCCUGCUCUGAAGGAGCUGAAGAGGGCGGCUCUGUCUGGAGUCACUCAGCUGGAGGAGCUCACUGUGAAGGCCAACAACCUGACGAGGUACGAGGCCGGCGCUCUGGCGUACGUCUGGCCGUUGGGUCGAGUCAGUUUGAGCCUCCAUGGACCGUUUUUAACAAACACAGCCUUAGCCUCAGCUGUGCUCGGUGACGUGUCGUACCCUGAGACGCAAAUCACUCUGGAAGACCUCCACCUGAAAAGGAAUGAGUCUGUUCAGCCCUUCAGGGAGACAGCAAAGAGGAGGAUCAGGUACAUAGGCUUCCGUAACCUUUCCAUCUCUGAUGAGGCCGUUAUCGAUCUCCUGGUGGCUUUAGACGGAGUGCCGCUCACUUCCAUUUUCGUGGACGGCGUCACGCUGACCGGCGAGGGCAGGUGGGAGCCCGCCAGCUGGACCGAUCAUAAAAGCAUAGACGAGUUCUUCAUACGAAACGUCGUGGUGCUGGAUGUCUUCAAGUUUGUCUCGUUUCUACAGCUGGGUUUUCUGCUGCGUUACCCGAGGAAGGUGUCCGUCAUCAAAGCCGAGGUGUUUCUGAUGCCCUGCGCCACGUCCAGCCUCCUAAUGAGCCUGCAGUACCUGGACCUAUCUGACAACAAGCUGACCGAUCUGACUCUGACCGAAUCACUGUGUGACGGAAAAGGCAUGAUGAAGGACCUCCGAGUUCUAAACGUCAGCGGAAAUGCUCUGAAGUCUUUGUCCACGGUGAGCCGACUGGUAGCAAAGCUCUCCAAACUGACCCACCUGGACAUCAGCAGGAACGCGUACAGCUCCAUGCCCCGGGGCUGCUCAUGGCCCUCCACACUGCGAUAUCUCAACAUCUCCAGGGCUAAACUCAUCACCAUCACUCCCUGUCUACCCACAACUCUGGAGGUGUUGGAUCUGAGCGACAACAAUCUCAAAGGCUUCAGCGUGGCCUUGCCUGCCCUGAGAGAGCUCCACCUCUCUGGGAAUAAGCUUCUGAGGCUGCCCCAGGGAGAUUUGUUCCCCAAUCUGCAAACGCUGAAUAUACAGUCAAACACCUUAAACUGGUUCGGUCGUUCGGACAUCCAGUCAUAUAGACGACUCCAGAACCUCCAGGUGGGUCAGAACAAGUUCGUCUGCUCCUGCGACUUCGUCACCUUCCUCCAGUCUGGCAUUAAAGGGGUCGGAGGUGUGCAAUUAACAGACGGAGAGGAGAGCUACGUCUGCGACUCUCCUUUGUACCUGCAGGGGGAACCGGUGGGUCAAGUCCACCUCUCCGUUGUCGUGUGCCACCAGGUUUUGUUCGUGUCCGUGAGCUGUGGGGUGGCACUGUUUGUUGGGAUUGUGUUGUGUGUCCUGCUGUGGCGCCUCCACGCCUUAUGGUACCUCAGGAUGACGUGGGCGUGGCUGAGGGCCAAGCAUAGCUCCCGCCGCCGUCAGCGACUCAGAGACGCUUCAGAAGCGUUGCUGUCCUUUGAUGCCUUUGUUUCCUACAGUGAAAGAGACGCCGGCUGGGUGGAAACCUUCCUGGUCCCUGAGCUGGAGGAGCCAGGGGAGACCGAUGAAGACUCUGCGAAUCCCAGAGCCCCCCGGUCGCUGACCCUGUGUCUCCACAAGCGGGACUUCCUUCCUGGAAAGUGGAUCGUGGACAACAUCAUGAGCGCCAUGGAGCGCAGCCGGCGUACCGUCUUCGUCCUCUCCGAGAAUUUUGUCCAGUCCGAUUGGUGUCGCUACGAGCUGGACUUCUCCCAUUUCUGGCUUUUUGAUGGGGAGGCCGGCGGAGAGCCGGCCAUCUUGAUCCUGCUGGAGCCGCUGUCCAAGGACGACAUCCCCAAACGCUUCUGCAAACUGCGCAAACUCAUGAGCUCCACCACAUACCUGGAGUGGCCUCGGGAGGAGGAGAGGAGGGGGGAGUUUUGGAGGAGUCUCCGCAAUGCUUUGAGAGGAGAAGAGGAGGAGGAUGAGUGAGAGAGACAGAUAAAGUGAUGAAGAGAGAGAGGGAGCACAAAAGGACAGAUGGGGAAAAACUAGGAUGGAGGAGAUGAGGUGUGGAAGCUGACGGGCAGAGGAGUAAACAAUGCAGACGAAGGGAGAUAUAAUGCUACACAUGAACAAAGUCCUUUUCUGGUUUUGUCUUCAUCACUUAAGCCAUAAUGAUCUGCAUUAACCAGGGAAUGCUAUUCUAUCAACUGUUUUGCAAGUUUUUGUUCCAGUGAAAAAUCGAAAAUGAAACAAACACAGUUCCUGUAAUUUCUGGGCUUUAGGGGAUGUAAACGAGAAGUGUAACGUUGCGGGCUACAACUGGAGCCCUGCUUUUUUUUUUUAGCUUAUAUUCGUUUACAUUUUGGCAAAUUCUCAACGUUAAAAAGUUGCAGAAUAAGCUAUUUGCAGUUCCUGAUGACACUGUACCCCUGGACGUAGAGAAAAAGCAUCACCGGAUUUCUUUAAAACAUGGCGAUUCUCAGGCAAGUUCUCGAGUCUAACGUGUACCUAUGAUAUCCAGGCAGACUCAUGGAUGUUUAUUUGCGUUGCACAUCAGAGAUAAUCAUAUCUUUUGGAAACUGUAAGUUGCACUGAAUCUACAAGUAUGCGGAUCAUGUCUGUGCUCAGAUGUGACUGAGUUAUUAAGAGUCCAAAGCAACAAGAUUGAAAAAAAAAAAACAAAACAAAAAACACAUUUCUAACUGAGCUGCACAACAAUCAAAAACAUCCUUUGUGAUAAUCUUGUAUUUUCUUACUUGACAGUAAUGAAUGUCAAAGUCAAAGCAGACUUUCAACUUGCGUUACAAGUGAAGGAGACGCACUGCAGCUCAUCAGUGAUUCUGCUGGUAGUGUGGCGACACGGCCGCCUGGGGGCGCUGUUGGCUCAUCACCUGCCCGUCAGUGGUUGUUGUGACCUGAUUCUGGCAACAAUGGACGGCCUCGGCCGUUGCAUGAAAUCAGGAAGAAUGAACAGCGGUGAGAUUGUCAUUAUUUUUUUUUAUUGUUGUACCAGCAUGACGUUGGAAAAAGGUACAAGAUGUCAUUGUAUGUGGUUUUUAAAAAGGGUUCAUUCUGGUGAACACUGCAGAAACACUGUAAGCUUUAGCUUUUUUUUAUACAGAC